UGAGAUUGUCAGGCCCAUGGAUAUCUUCAAGGUUGUUGGCCACAGUCUCACUCAUCACUUGUGCUGCAGGAAAAACCUUCAUCUUGUUGAAAUUGUUUAACUCAACAUGGUUCUGAGUGAGCUUGCAAGACUUCCUCAAGGUUAUCAUUUGCAAAGAUAUUUCGGAUACAUUUCAACAAGUGAGGCACAUCAGAUAUGAAGAAAAGUUUUCUUUUACCAUCAGGAGAGAAAAUGUUAACUGUGCAGUAGACGAUUUCUCCAUCUUUCUGAUGGAACUGGAAAAAGGCUCUGUUUGUGCGAGCUCCAUCACAAACAAUGAUCAAGACAGGCAUAUCUUCCAGCUCCAGUGCCUCAACGACUGACCAGCAAGGCACUUUGCCAUGAACACAAGAAUUUUCUUGGCUGGUGUGGGUUUGUAGGAGGAGCUGUCACUGUCCAGUCGCUCAAUCUCCUCUUCAAUUGAUUUCAAAUUGAUGAAGCCAAGCAAGCGCCCUGUUCUAGUGCAGAAGACGACGUCUUCUCUGAUAGAGAUUUCAUCAUGGAGUACACAAAAGAAUUUUCUCUUUGCCGGUGGCAAUGUUGUGGUGCCUGAUGCCUUCUUCCUCAGGAUACAAAUCAGUAUAGUCCCUCAGUGUUGUCUUGCAAGGCAAGCGAAUCACUUUGGUACUUCUCCAAGUCUCAUAUGAACCUGGAGACUUCCCUUCCAAGUAUAUGGCUAACCUAAUCAUCAUGGGAUUCCACUUCAUCCCAGAUGGUCCCUUGCAGGAUAGGGCUUUGACCUGCUCUCUCCAGAACAAAGCCUGUAGUGGUGUCAGCUUAUCCGAAUGGGCCUCCAUGAUUUUCCUAAAAGUACCAUCCAGAUCUUUCAGGUUUCUUCUCAGGGUGUGCUGGUGGAUUUUUCUCCCGCUUGUUGGCCCUACUGUGAGAGGCCUGCAGGUUUCCUCUUAGUUGACAGCAACGUGGGCAUGGACCUCCAAAAUUUCCCAACAGUAGACAAGUUGCAGAUCUCAGAGCUCCAUCAUGGUCAACAGUGGCCUCAGGGUAUUUUGACCACAGAAGUGGAGUUCUGUGGUGGACAAAUCAACGGCAUGGGUGUUGAUGUUACCAUGGGGGCCUCCUUCAACAAACCUUGCUCUACGACAGGAGACUGCAUGAACCUUCCAGAGUUGGAAAGAGCACAUUCACCACUGAAGGAAGGGAUCUGGACAGAAUAUACAGAAGUGGAGUUCUGUGGUGGACAAAUCAACGGCGUGGGUGUUGAUGUUGCCAUGGGGGCCUCCUUCAACAAACCUUGCUCUACGACAGGAGACUGCAUGAACCUUCCAGAGUUGGAAAGAGCACAUUCACCACUGAAGGAAGGGAUCUGGACAGAAUAUACAGAAGUGGAGUUCUGUGGUGGACAAAUCAACGGCGUGGGUGUUGAUGUUGCCAUGGGGGCCUCCUUCAACAAACCUUGCUCUACGACAGGAGACUGCAUUAACCUUCCAGAGUUGGAAAGAGCACAUUCACCACUGAAGGAAGGGAUCUGGACAGAAUAUACAGAUGACUUGUAGAAGUGGAGUUCUGCCUAGGAAAAACCGACGAUGUUGGCAUCGGUGUUGAUGUCAACAAGUGCGUCCAAGACACAUCUCUGGCAGAAAAAUCUGUGCUCUUUUC